GUUAAAGGGCCUCCCCGGCGCGCGUCCCCGCACAGGACCCGAGAAAAAGGGCGGGUUUCCGAGCGCGCAGACGCAGGGCGCGCGCGCGCCCGUCUCUCGGUGUCGCUGCUCCGGGUUCCUGUGUUCGUGUGCGGGGUUUUCUACACGCGCCGCGUCGCGCCACGGCCCACACACACACACACACACACACACACACACACACACACGCUCGCCGCUGGACCGUCACGCCACGGGCAGAGCGCGCGCAGCGAGCGGCCCCCCACGGCCGUGGGCAGGAACGCGACCGAUGAAAUAAGACGGCGGUGAGGGAAGGAGAGUCUCGCGCGGACGAACAAAGGAGAAAUUCGCGUGUAAAAGGAGAGAAACUGAACAAGUCGCUCCGUUUCGUGUCGCAUCCGGUCCGGAGCGAAGCGGGACCUGACAUGAUGUUUCCACAAUCCAGGCACUCGACUUCGUCCCAGUCAUCACAACAGCUGAAGUUCACGACGUCCGACUCUUGCGACCGUAUUAAAGAUGAGUUCCAGUUCCUCCAAGCGCAGUACCACAGCCUCAAGCUGGAGUGCGACAAACUUGCCAGUGAGAAGUCAGAGAUGCAGCGCCACUACAUCAUGUAUUACGAGAUGUCCUACGGGCUGAACAUUGAAAUGCAUAAACAGGCAGAGAUCGUGAAACGACUGAAUGCCAUCUGCGCUCAAGUGCUGCCAUACCUGUCCCAGGAGCACCAGCAGCAGGUACUGGGGGCCAUCGAGCGAGCCAAGCAGGUCACCCCCCCAGAGAUGAACUCCAUCAUUCGGCAGCAGCUCCAGGCCCACCAGCUGUCCCAGCUCCAGGGCUUAGCACUGCCUAUGACCCCGCUGCCCCUGGGCCUGACUCCGCCCACCCUGCCCACCGUCACCUCCAGCUCGGGCCUCUUCUCCCUGUCCAGUAUCCUGGCUUCGCAGGCUCACUUGGCCAAGGAGGAAAAGGCAACCCGCGAGGGGGGGGACAACCAUCGCGAUGAAGAUGGGGACAAGUCUGACUAGUAGCACAGCUGAACCCUCCCCUCACUGUUACUGGCCUCGCCUCUCCUCAGCAAUCAUCCUUCUGCCACGCCAGUGCUGCGUUUCAUUUGGUCUUUAACUCCCUGGUUCUAGUCUGAGCCCCUUAAUACAUCAUCCAUGUUGGUGCUGACUAUCCCAUCUCUUCCCUGUCUAAAACACUCAUCAUGGACUUUCCAUGUUGUCCUGGAGCUCAGAAGCUGACCACCCAUGUCGGCUCAGGCAGGAAGCGCCGAGAUUCCAUAACAUCGGCCCUUAGGAAUAAGGAAGAGACUUUUUUCCCCCCCCCCUUUUUAAACAGGGUGAUUGUGACCUCCCCUCUGUAGCGUUUGUGUCUUUGUUGCCUCUCACUUGUCGAGGAGUCCAUUCAGGUUUAGUUUUGUACAAAAAUACUUCACAAGUAGGAAGAGAUGCUGGGUGAUGCGGUGUGGCCACAGUCCCACCACUCUGUCAACCCCAGUGUUGGUUGGACCCUCAAUCCUGUGCGCAGGAUGGUCAGCUGGACGGCGGAAGCGAGUCCCAGCAGUCGAAAUUCAGCCACAGUGGUGCUUUGUGUGAGGAAAGAGGACAGUAAGGCUUGAGCUGGACAGAGAAGACAAACACAGCAACUGCCAAAAGCCCCCAGGUACCCCUGUGACUGUGGGUCAUAGCCUGUAGUGCCCACCCCCCACCUGACUGUGUAAACAGCAAAUUCUUUUUCAACCCCUGGAAGUGUAGGAUGAAGAGGUGCAGUGUGUCCAAGGACCAGUAGAGGGCAGUAAGCACUUCAGACAGCAGCCGCUGCCCUUCUAACAUUUCCCGCCUUUUUUGGUUUAACAGGUGCUGAGGUCACGCUUUUAAAUUUGUAUAAAUAACUUUAAAAUCAUCUUACCAGUGGACUGCAGAGUGGGUUGAGGUUUGUCGGUAAAAAGGGUGUUGGGCCGUGUAUAUUUAAAAUGCACUAAGCGAAGCAGGGUCCCCUGGGAAGAACUCAACUUCUGAUUAGUUCACCAACCAUUUCACAAUGUCCUUCACACCUGACCCUGUGUUUGUGCAUGUCAGGUUAUGCUGGGAGAUGCAUAUGUACACAUGUCACAGAACAGCAGGACAUGGAAAAAAAAAAAACCUCAUAGUGAAUGGUGUGUGGGGAUGUGUGUGUUUUGUGAAAGGCCAAUUUAUAUACCUAUAUCAAUAUACAUAUAAUUUUUAAAAACAUUUUUGUAGGUAUAAGGCUGCAUCUCCUGUGUCCGUCUUGGAUGAUUUUGGCGUUGUGUACUGCAGUACGUGCCACGUAAGAAACGACAGCACCUCUCUCCCACCCCAAAUACGGCGCAUCAUCUAUGAUAAGUCAAACAUUGCAACCUUUGAGCUUUGUAAAGUUCAUUUUUAAUUAUUUUGUGUUGUAUGUAAAUCUUUAAAGUGUGUACUCGGCAAAAAUCUGUUGUUAUUGAAAUCCAGUAUAGCGUCAUUAAAAAAAAAUUUACUAUAAAUGAACAAAAAGUUCAGCAGUAAGGAAGUAUUUAUGGUGCCUUACAAAUAAACACUCAA